AUGGCCCACAAGCUCACCUCCUCCCUGCCUGCGUGGCAGAAGCUGCAGCAGCUCUACGACACCAAGGGCAAGAAAAUCAACCUCGGACAGGCUUUCAAGGCCGACCCUAAGCGCUUCCAAAAGUACUCGCGCGAGUGGAGCUCCAAGGCCACCGAUGCCACCCUCCUGUUCGACUACUCCAAGAACCUCAUCGACGAUGAGGUGCUUGACGCUCUCCUUGCUCUUGCCGACGAGGCUCAGGUCAAGCAGCAGAUCGACGCCAUGUUCAGCGGCGAGCACAUCAACGCCUCUGAAGACCGUGCUGUGCUCCACGUCGCCCUCCGCGAUGUCCCCGGCGACUUCAAGAUCGGCGAGGCUGGUGUCGACGAAGUCAAGCCCGAGCUCGAGCACAUGAAGCAGUUCUCCGACGCGGUUCGCUCCGGCGCCCACAAGGGUUACACGGGCAAGAACAUCAAAAGCAUCGUCAACAUCGGAAUCGGUGGAUCCGACCUCGGCCCCGUCAUGGUCACCGAGGCGCUCAAGCCGUACUCGAAGCGCGACCUCGACGCUCACUUUGUCUCCAACAUCGACGGCACCCACAUGGCCGAGACGCUACGUGUCUGCGACCCGGAGACCACCCUCUUCAUCGUUGCCUCCAAGACCUUCACCACGCAGGAGACCAUCACCAAUGCCACCACCGCGCGCGACUGGUUCCUCGAGCACGCCAAGGACAAGGCCCACGUCGCCAAGCACUUUGUUGCGCUCAGCACCAACGUCAAGGCCGCCACCGAGUUCGGCAUCGCCAAGGAAAACAUGUUCAAGUUCUGGGACUGGGUCGGAGGCCGAUACUCGCUCUGGUCUGCCAUCGGCCUGUCCAUCGCCAUCGUGAUUGGCUUCGACAACUUUGAGCAGCUCCUCCUCGGCGCCCACGAGAUGGACCUGCACUUCAAGAACACCCCGCUCAAGGACAACCUGCCCGCGCUGCUCGCGCUUCUCGGCAUCUGGUACAUUGACUUCUUCGGCGCCCAGACCCAGGCCAUCUUGCCCUACGACCAGUACAUGCACAAGUUCGCCGACUAUUUCCAGCAGGGCGAUAUGGAGUCAAACGGUAAAUUCAUUACCAAGAACUCGGAGCGCGUCGACUACCAGACCGGCCCCAUCAUCUGGGGCCAGGCGGGCACCAACGGCCAGCACGCAUUCUACCAGCUCAUUCACCAGGGCACCAAGCUCAUCCCCUGCGACUUCAUCGCCCCCGUCCAGACGCAGAACCCGCUCGGCAAGCACCACGAGAUCCUCCUCUCCAACUUCUUCGCCCAGCCCGAGGCUCUUGCCUUUGGCAAGUCCGAGGCCGAGGUCAAGCAGGAGCUUGGCGCCGAGGCGAACAACGAGUUCCUCGUCAAGUCCAAGGUGUUCGAGGGCAACCGUCCCACCAACUCGAUCUUGCUCCACAAGAUCACCCCCGCUGCCCUCGGUGCCCUCGUGGCCCUUUACGAGCACAAGAUUGCCGUUCAGGGCUUCGUCUGGUCCAUCAACUCCUUCGACCAGUAUGGAGUAGAGCUUGGCAAAAAGCUGGCUCAGAAGAUCCUGCCGCUGCUGGAGGGUACCGAUGCAUCCAAGGUCGAUGAUGCCGGUCACGAUUCUAGCACUUCGGGACUCAUCAAGUACUUCCUGUCCAACCGCAAGUGA